GUUGGUGUGAGCUGUCAAUUCUCUUGAAAUUUCAUCAAAACUUUUCAAUGUCGUUAUAAAGGCACAGAUUUUACGUAUUGAAGGCAAAGAUGAGCGCUCUCUCAAUACUGGCAGAGGAGUGUGAACUGCUAAAUGACAGCAAGUACAGGUCCUACAUAACCCAGAUUGAGAAGGCUCUGAAGAGCUUUGACAACACAAGUGAAUGGGCGGAUCUCAUCUCAGCUCUUGGAAAAUUAAAUAAGGUUCUGUUGGCUCAUGUGAAGUAUCCUGUGAUUCCGAAAAGGGUCACGAUAGGUAAGAGGUUAGCCCAAUGUUUACAUCCAGCACUUCCCAGUGGAGUUCACAUGAAAGCACUGGAAACAUACGAUAUCAUCUUCAAGUGUAUUGGCACAGACCGUCUGGCACAAGACCUUUUCAUAUACAGUGCAGGGUUGUUCCCCUUGCUUGGUCAUGCUGCCAUGAAUGUGAAGACAAUACUUUUGAUGAUCUACGAGAGACACUUUGUUACGCUGGGUAAAAGAAUAAAGCCAGGAUUAAACGGUUUGCUUUUGGGUCUCUUGCCAGGCUUAGAGGAGGGAUCAGAGUUCUAUGAUCAGACGGAUGCUUUGUUAAUGGACUUCUGUGAGUGUACAGAGCCCUCCUACUUCUACACCUGCCUGUGGGAGUGUGUGCACAGCUGUCCGUCUGUACGUCUACCUGCGAGCUCAUUCCUGCUGGCCCACUACAACCGCAAACAGAGCAUGGAGGACCAGCUUCACAUGGUUGGCCUCAACAUCACCCUUAUGGUUGAGGCACUGUGCUGUGGAGUGCAGGACGCCAGUGUGCUGGUACAGCGUAGCAUGCUUGACUUCCUUCUGGUGGCCUUUCCCCUCCACAACAGCCAGCUCAUUCACUCGGACAUGGCCAAGGUCGUGAAGGCAGCCAUCAACGUUCUCCUGCGACGGGACAUGUCCCUGAAUAGAAGGUUUUAUGCUUGGCUGCUAGGAACCAGUACCACAAUGUCAGCAGGUCAUGAGGUGAAGAGUAAAGCAGAGAAUUCAGAUCUGAAUGACAGCUCUGUGGAGUUGCGUUACUUUGAGAAGUAUUCCCAGGACUUACUGGUACAGGCCCUGAGGCAUACACUAACAGAAAGUCCAGAUAUUACUGAUGGUUCCUCUGUGAAAUCUGCUGUUCUCAAACCAUUUAGAAUCUUAAUCAGCCUGUUAGAUAAGCCCGAGAUCGGACCAGUCAUUCUGGAAAGUGUGUUGUUGUCCAUAUUUAGAUGUCUGCAUAGAGAGUUCCAACAGUCAAAGUCAGAAAAGUCUGUAAGAAGUGGCAAGUUCUCUCAAAAAGGGGAUACUAGUGCAUAUGAUGAGCUAUUAAAGACUGCUAACCUGCUGUUUGGGACAUUUGAGCCCUACUUCAUCUGGGACUAUGCAUCGCGCAUAUUUGAGCAUGCAUGUGAAGGGAGGGGCAAGGGGAAGCAUGGGGCGUCCAGACAGGGGUCAGUUAUUGAGGGCCAGGAGACAGCCACUGUGGAAGACCUAUGUGAACUGCUAGUCUUCCUGCUGGAUAGCGUGUCCUUGGAAACAUUUAGUGAGACACAGACAGAGCAUCUCCCAAACCUGCUACAUAACAUCAUCUUGUCUCUGGACCACCACUGUGGCCGCCUAGCGGACCACGACAUUAUCACCACCCUCCAGCUCUGCACCAAGAUGCUCUCCAAGGUUCAACCAACCAUGACCACUUCUUGGUCACAUGACGACCCAUGUCACCAGUCAUGUGACUUGGGGGUAGAGGUGGAGGUGAACUAUUUAGGUAGAUCAGAUAUCCCAAGUGCUGACAGUAAACCACUGGACAUUGAGGAAGCAGAACAGCUAAACAAACAUCUGAAACUAGUAGCUGGAAAAGUCGAGCCAAAACCUGCAAACAAUAAACCUGAUACUACAAAAAUUGCUGGAACGGAAAAGCCAAAAUCUGCAAACAAUAAACCUGAUACUAGAAAAAUUGAUACCAAGGACGAUAUUCCUGAUUCAGAGACAGAAAGGAAGCCAAUGAAAGCACUAACAAGAACCCAUUCAAAGCACAACAAGUCUGUUAACUUGAUGCAACAAUGUAUCAACAGUUUUCAGGAGUUCUUUCAUACUCUUGUCAGUCUAAAGCUCAUAAAAGAUAAGGAUCUCCCUACAAAACUCUUCAAAGGUGUUGUGAAGGAUGUCAUUGACUCAUCCCCAGCAUAUAAAACAGGUAUAGAUGGAGAGCAGUGUUCAGUUCCACCAGAGAAGGUCUUGUUUGUUCCGUAUGAUGAGGAGAUACUAGAGACAUUCUCUGCAGCUUGUCAAUUGUUUGUAGAGUUUGCUAGCUUCCCCAUGUAUGGCCAAGACCCUUGCUCAAGGGACAGCUCAAGUGACAAAAAUCCCAUGCCACAAUGGGUUCAAGAUUUAGUUGUGUGUAGCCUGAAUGUCGACAACUUCCAGGUCCAGAGUGCAGCCAUCUCGACCAUGCUUGACCUUGUGAUACUCACCCAGUCUGUCCAGACUGACCUCAAGACCUCCAGCGAUGUGGAUAGCAGAGAGGGUGUCAUGUCCAUUCAGAUUCUGCCCACUCUACACUUCCAACACCUCCGCUUCCUUGUGGAGUCCACACACUUCUUCUCACGAUCUGCGGAAGUGCUGUGGGGUUACCUGGGUGCGAAGACACCAGUGUGCCACCAGACAACAGUGAAGCUGUUUCAUAUCCUGCAUCAGGUGGCUCCCAGCACGUGGGUGUGUGAGGAUGUCAUUGGAAACCAGCUCUCACAUACUGAUGAGACAGUACAGAUAGAGGCAUUCAAGAGGUUCACUACUCUAUGGCACCUUACGAGGACCAGAAAAACUGAUGUCAUUCCAGGAAAACCUCAUAGGACUUUCACCAGGUCUAUGUUUGUGUUGCUGGACGCUUUGAAGGAUGAGACAAGCCCGCUGAAGGUUCUGGCCACCACCUGGCUGAGCCACGUUCUCCAGCAGGGGGACAUUAGCCGGGUCAUGGAGCCCCUCCUUCAGAUGCUUUUACACCCAGACACUGCCAGGGUGUCUGUUCAGCAUGUUAACAUUCACCAGCCUAGGAAAGUUCACCUGUCUGAAAGCAAUGAUGACACAUCUGAAGCAAACAUCUAUGCAAUAAGUAGCGAAGGAGGCAACGUCAUUUAUCAUGUGAGCACACCAAAAACCAUCGCUAAAAAGUCAUCAACAGACGAACUAAAAUCAUAUGCCCUGACUUUCCUUUGUGAGAAGGGCACACAUACUGCCCCAUCUAGGUCCAGAUCUGAGCAAGAACUCCACUUUGACAAAGUAGAUCCAAGUAACUUGAGUCUGAAGAUAAAUCCAUUUGGGUCUGAGAGCUCCAUUGAUAACUUGAUGCUUGAUUUCUUGCCAGCGGCAAGUUCAAAAGAAGGUGAAAUUUCAAGAGCUAAAAGGCUGGAUAAGGAGACUUGUUCUAGGGAGGGUAUUUCUUUCAAUGUGCAAGAUGAAAGCUCAAAAGAUGUUAGUGAGGAUGAGCAAGGGAGAGAUAGUUCAGUAACGAGUUCGGUUGAAAACAUUGCCAAAGAUAUUGUUGACAGCAUUAUUAAGACUGUUGUUCACCCAGAUGAAAAUGAGAACACAAUCUCAAACGUAAACACAAUUUUAAAAGAAGAUGUUAAACAAGAAAACACCAGGGAUAAGUGUAAAACAGAUGCUGUAAAUGAAGUUAAGAAAUCUGAAUCUGAAUCAAGGAUUGGUUCCCCAAGAAAGGUCAUCCAGAGAACAGAAAGUGUGACAUCGAGCAAUGCAGGGGACCAUGAGCUCCUGAACCGUGUACAGAAACAAAGAGUGGACUCCCCCACCCCCAGUGAGAAGGACACACCCAUGUAUCAGGAGCUGGAGAGAGACACCACCAAUAUCCAUACUCUCCACAUGCACAUUUUGCUGUAUACCCAGAAGUAUGACUAUGAAAGAACUUUGUAUGCACUGUCAACAUUGAAGGCAAUGUUAGCAGCUUGUCCCAGGAUGCUUGUCACUUCUCUUGUUACUACAAAUAUCAGCUCUUUAAAAGCACCACAGCUUGCUAAACUACAACUUUUGUUAGCUAGGCACAGAAAAUCUGUAUUUGGAAAGAGUUUCUUUGGAGAAAUACCGUCAGAAACCAUGUCUACUUACAGAAGUAGCAUGUUCAUAGAAGUUCUGAUCUCUGUGUGUCUAUACUUUGUUCGUGGUUAUUAUCCUAACUUGAUGAUGAGUAAGCUGUCAUGUGAUGAGUUGCUAGGCAACAAACAGGUGCACAUUCUGGCAGCUGAAACCUUGACCUUGAUGAUGUCUGAAGUGGCAUCCAUAAUGAAGGACUCUGGGAAGAACUUUGUCUCCUAUAUUGGUGACUUGUUUCAGAGAUGUAAAGUCCAGAAGGCCUUGCUUCACUGUGUGCUUGCUGUGAUAUACAAUGCAAGAAAGAGGAAGGAUUCUGAAGCAGGCUUUAAGUUCACUGAAGCUGUGGUGACAUUUAAUGAAGAUCAGCUGCAACCAGCUGUGAAUGAAGCUUUCCUUGUAAAACUAUUAGAUUUACUGGUUGUGAUGGUAACAGUAGAAGAGCAGAUUGGAAAAUACCAAAGUGUGAGCGAGUCUACCCCAGCAUCAGAAUGGGACAGGCUAAAAGUUAGCUACCAGCCAUCCCUAAACAAUGUCAGAUAUACCUUGGGACAUCCCAUUGUCCAGCAGGGGAUGUUUGUGUCUGGAUUGCUGAGCGCUCUGAAGCAAACACACAUGUGUCACCUGCACCGACACUGGGUUGGGUUGGUGACGGCAACUCUCCCCCGUAUGGGUCGGUACCUACCUGGAAUUGUGAUGACCGUAGUCGCCCAGCUGUGCAGAAACAUAGAGGCCCUUGCUGUUCACUACGAAACUGAUGGGAAAGGAAGCACUUCCCUAGAGAACAUUCCACCAGACCAUAUUCUCACCAUGCUAGAAGGCCUGAUGUCCCUGUGUCACUACUGCCUACUGGACAAUGUAUCCCCAGUUUCCAUUGGUCAGCAGACUCCCUCCUCUGCCAAUAACAAUGCAGCUAACGCUGCAGGCACCAACAUAUUGUCCAAUCUUUUCCAUGUCUUCAAUCCAGUGAACAGCAGGGAGACGAGCCCCCAGCGUGAGAUAGGUGUGGUAUCCCCGGUGAUGGACGCGAGAAACAACAUCCUCAGUGUGAUGCCCCGCAUCAUGGCCUGUCUCACCGCUCUCUGGCGUGCUGUCAACAUCGUGGACAAGCAUGACGAGUGGUCCACGCUUACCCUCGGAGCUCCAAAAGUUGUUCGCCAAUACAUUUUGGAAUUCAUCAGCCCCAUAUCUCUGCCCCACGGUGCUCAUCUGCUGGGGGCAAUUGCCGUUGCAUGGAAUGAUCGGCGCAAAAAGGCUCAUGGAAAACCUAGCAAGAAGUUUGGUUGUGAUGCAAGUGAGGACCAGCUACUUCUUGUGGACCUUGUGGCAGCCAUCAAGGUGCUCCCCAUGGACACUCUCAUAAACACAGUACGGGACGUCCUCUCUAACCCACCCCAUAGUGAGCUUAAUAGGAAGAAGAACUCUCCGCUGGAGGUGAACAUGUUGCAGUUUUUCUAUGCAUAUGUUGAGCGUACAUUGCCUGGCCAGCUGAGUGACUCCUGGCCGGCUCUUUGCACACUUCUUAAGGAUGCUCUACAGCUAAACCUGAAGGCACAGGGACAGUUUCUCCUGCUGCUCAUAUUCAAUGAGUUUGUCCAGAAGACGCCAGCUAUGGUUGAGAAACGUAACCAGCGUGAAGUACAGGAACUGGCCCAACGUCUGCUGGAGGGCGUGGCCAACAUCGCGGGGCUUAGUCUGGAACAGACUACAUGGCUGAGAAAGAACUAUGCUGUCAAGCCCGGGCCUCAGGUCGCUGAGGAGGGGGAGGUUGAAGAGGCAAGCUUCACGGAGGAUGACUCGGUGUUGACCCAGAAGAGAGUACCUGACCUUGACCCUACCAAGGCUAAUUCUGCAGACAGUAAAUAUAGUGUGCAGGCUCUCACCAACCUGGCGGAGAUAACGGCUCCUCUGCUGGACGUGAUCUACAGCAGCGAAGAGAAGGACAAAGUUGCCCCUUUCCUCAUUAGUCUUCUCUACAACAUCUUCCCAUACCUCAAAGCCCACAGCACAAACAAUCUGCCAAGUAUCCGAGCAGCAUCCCAGUUUGUCUCCUCAAUCAGCAGCUAUCAGUACACAAAGAAGGCGUGGCGAAGGGAGGUUUUUGAGUUGCUCCUGGACCCCAGCUUCUUCCAGAUGGACAUGGAGAGUGUCGGCUACUGGACCGCCAUAGUGGACAACCUCAUGACGCAUGAUAAGACCACAUACAAGGACCUCAUGGCUCGUGUUUCGAUGGCACAGACUGGUUCCCUGAGCCUGUUUACAAGCCGGGAGGCAGAGAUCGAUCUGAAGGCCAGCAUGCUGAAACGCCUUGCCUUUACUGUGCUGUGUAGCGAGCCAGACCAGUACCAGAAAUCCAUACCGGAAAUACAGGAGAAGCUAGCCGAGUCCCUACGUAUCCUGCAGGCACCGUCAGUGAUGGCACAGGUGUUCACAUGUUUCCGUGUCCUCAUGCUCCGAGUCUCGCCACAACACCUCACCUCCAUGUGGCCCACUAUCAUCACAGAACUGAUCCAUGUUUUUCUGCAAAUUGAACAAGAGCUGUCAACUGAGACAGAGGAAUUUAUCUCAAAUGAGCUAAACGGCUGGGUGACUUUAGGUAAAAAAAACGUGUCGAUGCCUGCCAGUGCGAGGGCGCAGGUGCAGCGUAUAGCAGCCUUGGACUCCAGCUGGGCUCACCUGGGUAAUGGUUUGAAUGCCCACAACAACCCAUCAUGGCUCCAGCUCUACCUGAGUGCCUGCAAACUGCUUGACCUCUGCCUGGCCCUUCCUGCAGACAAGGUCCCCCAGUUCCAGCUGUACCGUUGGGCAUUCAUCGGUGGGGCGGCUGCUGGGGAGGGGAAUGAGGAGAUAGAGGAAGAGGACAGUGUUGACAGCCGGGGGAGGAGGAAGGAACAGCCUCGCCGCAGGAAACAGGCACGCUUCAAUCCUCACAUCAUCAGGCUAGCCAGACUUCUUAACACCAAGCUGCAGGGUGAUGUUCCCAUGAUGAAAAUGGUUCCAGGGAGACCUCUGUUGACCAUUACUCAUCUGAGGUCACUACAGGAGCUCCAACCCUUCUUUAACACACUGUGCCUGGCCAACCAAUCAGAUAACAUUGUGUUAGCAGCCCGCCAGCUGGGAGCCAGACUUGUGAGGAACCAGACAGGUGGGCUAACCAAUGGCCAUGCAGAUACAAAUGUAGGUCAUAGUGGAGUCAACCAAUCAGAAUCAAGAGUGAAGCCUUCUGGACCAAUGGGAAAAGGCCUCCCCAAGUCAAAAUCUGUGCCAGCCUUCCCUUUGAAUCAGCUAUCUCCAGACUCAGUUACUGGCUCUGAUGUGAAAUCUACAAAACAAUACAUAGAAGAGUUGUUGUUGAGAGACUUUCUUGAACCAAUGACAUGACCAUGUACUACAAAAUCAUCCGACAUGUAGUACUACUGUAGACUACAGUCUACACAAUUAUUAGACAGGCAGUCUUACUGUUAUACAGGAUAUGAUCAUGUAAAUUUACAAUGGAAAGUAUCAUUAUAUACAACAUGACAUAGCUGUGUGUGUUUUGGAGGGGAAUCAUGUUUUACGGUAGAUUAGUUGUUUUUGAAAUGCCUAGGUGGCAUUGUCUUUCUGAUCAACAUAUAAUAUUGUUAUAAUGAUUUAUUUUGUACUGAUGAUUUAUUGUGAAAAGAAAUGAGGUGUUCUGAACUAUUUGUUUAUCAGACUGGUUUUGUUUUGAAUAUUUUGAUGUCUUGUUCUUGUGUGGGAAACAUUGAGUAUGCAUUGCCAUAAACAUUGGAAUUGGACUUAUACAUGUAUAUAUACAAAUGAAAAAUCUUGUUGAAAUUAUACCUUUGGUAUAAAAACACUUGUUAACCAGAUUUGCAUUUUAUUAUGAUAAGCUUUAAAAAUGUUUUCAAUUUGUGAAUGUUUGGUCACACUGUAUCCACAUAUAUACCUGAAUGUGCAUCUUAACAGGGUCCCUAGGGGAAUUUUCUUCAGAGCCUUGUGUUUUUAAGUGAAUGUAUAUUGACUUUCAUUCUGUGUUAUAAAAUGUGUUUCUUUACUUUUAAACUAUAGCUACCGAGAACCUCAUUAUAGUUUUAUUUGUGAUGUGUAUUUAUAACAUUGGCAGGCCUUCCAGCGUUCCUACUUUUUCCUACUUUUCCUACUUUUUCCUACUUUUUUAACAGCUUUCUACUUUUUUCUAAAAAACUCCUACUAUUCGUACUUUUUUGAAAAAAAAGUCUGCAAAAAUAUUAAAGUUUGAUCUUUGUGCUAGUUUUAUUUGCAGAAAAUGAACAAAAGAUGUCAAACUGGCUGGUUUCUGUUGUUGAAAGGUGUGGCAACAUGUUUCACUUUGACGUGCAUCAUCUUUUCACCCACACAGUUCAGCAACAGAAACCGACCAAGCAUCAUUCACUAAAAUAUUCAAUGUGGCAUAUAGAAUGGUAUGAUUUUGCAUUAAAAACAUCUCCUCUAUGUAAGUUAAUAGUUAUUAAUAAUAACAUAUACCAAAAAUAUUCCUACUUUUUUGUAAAAAAUAUUCCUACUAUUUCCUUCUUUUCUGUCAGAAAACCUCCUACUUUUUUCCUACAUUUUUGUUAGUGGCUGCUGGAAGGCGUGCAUGAUUGGUGUGGUCAGAGUUUUGUUGUUAGUUCAGUCUAUUAGACCAUUAACUGGCAAUUGAAGGUAGUCAAUUUUGUUUCAAUCACAUGUUGUUCUUUUGUUAUUCACUUUCAUUUAAAUGGCAUCUUCUUUCUACUGUUUACAAAUGAACUUAGCAAAAGGUGCUUGUCAGUCAAAAAUAACAAGUUAACUUUCAAAUUUUGCCCCUAUGACGAUGUCGUGAUAUAUCGCCUUAACUAGAACUAUCACACUUUAUUUAUCAAAGGGGUUUAAAGUCGCGUUUGAUGUCAGCGCAGCGCAUUGGCAUUCGUAAUUAUGCAAGUUGUUGCCUGUCGAUCACAUUGGUAGCACACCAAAAUAUCUCAAGAUUUUUGUUCAAAUGCAGUCCUGAAGAUGAAAUAUUGAGCAGUUCUGUCAUGUGACACGUGACACCUAUUUCUGCCGGCGAUUUAAAUCUUUCACCAGAAGCCUGGAGAUAGGGGGGACUUGGCACUGCAACAAUGCUUUAAAACCUUAAAAUGCUAAAUUCAUUUGAAAACAGUAGUAGCGUCAGUUGACCGGGCAAUCAGCUACGCCAGUGUGAAUCUGUGCACGUAUAUAGUACUAUAUACCAUGUCUGCUAGUGUAGUUGGCUUUGGACAGGGUGAUAUAUAAUCAGGCCAAAUGUUUAUGUUGAUACAAAUUAUUGUUUGUGUACUGAAGUUUAUUAUAUUAAAUUAUUAAUGAUUGUUAUUUACUUCAACCAUUGGACAAUGGCGAUAAAUAAAGGAUA